GGUAAGUGCUGUUUUGAUAACAGCUACAUUGUCGAUACAAGAGUGAAAUAAGUUUAAAUUGCAAGUGAAUUAACCUUCAUCAGGAUUAUAGGAACGCACUUUUUCACGAAGACUCCAACCUAGCUCUCUAGUCCCCCAGAAAUGUAAAUGAGGAGCAAUACACAGAAGAGUGUUGCCAACCAACAAGAUGCUUCAUCACCAUCAUUAUUCACACCCAGCUCAAAGAAUGAAAAGAACGCUGAGGAAGACAUCUUGAGAAGACAGGAUCACAAUUUCAUUCCAACCACACCAGCAAGUGGGGUAGCAGGUUUAGACCAAUCCAAAGAGUUAUUUUCUGUUAGUUCAAGAAAGAGAGGAAAAGAUGAUUCAUUUAUAGCUGCACUCAUACAAAGUGACCACAGCCUUCCAAGGUCACAAAAUGGAAAAUAUCAUUGGCUCUUUGAUACACCUUCAGAUUUUAGAGAGUCACCAGUCAGAAAAAACAAGGGUGUAUCCAGGAGGUCACUUGACAAACUCAUUGACCCUGAACCUGAGUUGUGUUGGAUUGAAUCCAUGGCCACACCUCCUUCUGAUACUUCAGAGAGGGAAUACAAUGAGCUAGAUGUGUCAAGUGCAAGGACUGCUCAAAGCUUGUCUCCUGCAGUAGAUUCAAUCAACCAUGACCAAAAGAAAUUUGGAGAGAACAUGCAAAUGAAGAGGAGUGUAGCCAGAAUGCUGUUCAGUCGUGCAGCUGACAGUAAAGAAGGGGAUGACAAAAAUAAUGAUCAAGAAAAUUGGAAUAUCAGUGAGCUUCAAUAUGAUGACGAAGAUUCUGUGCAACUUUCACCAUCUGUCGUUCAAACUGAGGCUAAGGAGAUGAGCAGCCAAAGUGAAAAUAAAAGUGUUUCUAGCCCAGUGCCUAUCUUGCCCAAAACCGAUUCUAGUGGAAAAAGCAACUUUAUUCUUAAGGAUUAUAAGAAGAAAGUAAUGGCUGAUGAAGAACAAAACUCGCUUACAGAGAUAGAUUUAGGUGACACAUCAGCUGGCUCGUUGUCCCCUCCUGUUGUGCCUGCUCGAGAUGAAGGUGAUUCAAGGACUAAGCGUCAUGUUCAGAGGACUAACGACAGGACUAAAAGCGAUAAAAUGAAGUCGAAGGAUGAUUAUCCAAAUGCCUCAUCAGCAAAGAGCCCAUACUUAAAGUCUGGGAGAAGCCAGCUGCAUGACUGCCCAAAUGACAGAGUUUUUCAGGAUUCUGACAAAUUAGUUGACACAGAUAUGCAGAUGGAUAUUGAAUGUGUAGGUGUAGACAUGUCACCACCUGCUGGCGUUGCAUACACAAGAAAUCCAGCAGCCAAAGUCCCAGGAGAAAUCGCAAAAAGGACCGUAGCAGAUGAUAUCAAGAAGGAGCCUUCGCAGAAAAAGAUUAAAGCUAUUUGCGGAAACAAAAUCAACGAGCAAGAUAAAACCAGUAUUGCUAGGUCACCCCAAAAGAAAUCAGAUUCUAGUGCAUCGGGUUUAUCAGAUCUAGGGGAAGUUUCGCCAGAUGUUGUUUCCGUUAAAAGAUCCAGUCAUACCAGGUAUGAAUGCAAAGUUACAGAGUCAACUCCUAAACCAAGUAGAAACAAAAAAGAGGUAAAAAGCUUCAAUCGAGCAAAACCAGACGCUUCUGUUGAGUCCAAAAUUUUAAUCACCGUGCCGUCAAAGAAUCUAAUGACCCAUUCUGUGUCAAUUUCUCCACCUAUGACAUGCAGUGAAGCAGAAUCACUAGAAGAAAAGGGCGAAUCAAUUCAAAGAGGCGGUGUAAAUAAAAAUUCUAUGAAGAAGUGUGAAAUAUCUAUAGUUAAUGAAAUCAUAUCAGAAAUUGUAAAUAGUGCUAUUCAUGAACAUCGCCCAAGAACUCAAAAGCAUUACAUUGUAAGGAAAGCAGACGAUGCACUUUCACCCGCAAGCUGUGUUCCAAGAACUCCUGCAAAGAACAUGUCUAAGGCAGCUAGAAGGUUAAAGAGUCGGAUAAGGGUUAGUGGUGUGAAGAUGAAGAAAAACUGUUUUCAGGAAAACAUAUCUGAAAAACCUACGAAUCAAGGCUGUCUUUUUGGUGAAGAAGUUUCAGGGAAGCAAGAUUCGGAAAAGUUAAAGUAUAGAAAAUUGAAUAGAGAUGAUCAAAUAAAGGAUGACUAUAGGAAUAACAACAAUGGAGUUAAUGACGUCGUGAAUUUUUUGCCUAGCAAGUUGGAUGAUGAAAGAAAAAAGGAUUUUGUACAUUUAGAGAAGGAAAGCGUGAAUCCAAAUCUUGAGUGCUGCGAGAAGUCAAAUUGUAAGGGUGAAGAGUUACUGUGUGUAAAUGAAUUUUCUGAAGGCUGUGAAAAAGCGAGUUAUUUAUUAAAGCGUGAUAUUUGCAACAACAAAAUAAUCGAUUUUAAGAAACCAGUUGAAAACGCUUCAAUGAAAAUAAGUGGAGAAAAGAAAGUUUUGCCUGUGCAAAGAACAAGCCAGGAGGCAAUUAUUGAAAGAAAAGCUCGUGUGGCAACUGCCUGUCCAAAGAAAAUUUGUAGAACAGUAUAUGAAAAUAUGGAGGAAAAGGUGGUUGCUACUAAAACUGCUGAAUCGCCACCUGAUAAUGCUUCCUCUUGUAAGAAGACAUCUUCAUCUUCAGUAGAAGACGUUUUGGAUGUUUUGAUGUUUGGUAAAAAAUGUAGCGAGAGCAAUGCACGGCUGCAUGGAGCCAAGGGGCAACAAGGAAUGGACUUGGUUGAAGGCUGGGUUGCAAAUGACGCCGAUCAAUGCUCGAGAGUAGUUGAAGGUUGUAAAAGGGACAGCUAUUUGGUACAUCAAGAUUCAGUAGAUAAAGAAAAGAAUAAAGAUCCAGAGAUUGGAUUCUGCAAGAAGCAAACCUCAGCUGAUGAUUUAAAAAAACAAACAGAAACUCCUGCUUAUAAUAAUGACAAUUACAACCAAAUGACAAUGGACGAUCAACAAAUGAAGACAGCCAAAGAAGAGAGUCCGAAGAUUAAUCGUAAAGAAACUGAGAAACGUACCAGUGCCAAAAAUUUUCAAAGUUCUGGAGAGCCAGUUUCAAAUGUCACGGAAAACGACGUUGUUAAAAAAUGUCCUUAUGACAAGACGGAGAUAAAAGAUUUCGAAUAUCCCGCUUCCAACAUAGGUUUAUGCUUUCAAAAUGAAGCAUCCUCUGCGGUGCAAGAACAAGAAAUAUCGUUCUGUAAUAGUGAUAAUGGUGCUGUUGAGUUGCGCUCUUUAGUAAAAUUCGAUGACAGCACGAAACCAUCAUGCAGUGAUCAGUUCUAUGCUACUGACAGAACCGCUACCGAUGCUUGUGACAAGGAUAGUGAGGUAGACAUUAACAUUUCGAUGACAGAUUCACUUCUGUCAGACAAGGAUGGAGGUGGCUUGGAAGCUUAUGGAGCUGAAGAAAGUGCUCCAGAAGAGAAAGAUGGGAGUUUUGAGAAUGAUGAAGAUGGAAUUAUUCGAUUGGUAAACAGUACUUUCAGUUUGGAUGAUUUCACACAGUUACGCCAAGAGCUCGCAAUUGCCCCGGUCUCUUCUACUGACAAGUUUACAUCUACAUUAGGAAAAAGGGUAUGUGUAUCACGAAGGGCCCUUCGAUCAACAAUAAAAAAUAUAGAAACAAAAAUCAAAUGUGAAAAUAAGCAAAACAGAGUACCUACUGUUGAAGCUACUAGCACAGCUUUUGAAGGUAAUGCGGAAGCCACAAAUCACCCCUUAGAGGAUGCAGAAAUGAAGCCAGAGACAUUUAUCAAAGAAAGCUAUAAACGAGGUGAAGAUUCAACAUUUUGCAGAUUCAGUACAGCAUCUGGAAGGAAAGUCAAUGUAUCAGUCAAGGCACUUGAAAAAGCAAGGAAGAUACCAGAGUCAGAUGCAAAAGAGCAAGAUGUCCCAGACAAAGUAUCUCCUUUUAAAGGAUUUAGUACGGCGUCUGGAAGAAAAGUGAAUGUAUCAGAUAAGGCUCUUGAAGCAGCAAGGAAGAAGCUAGAGUCAGAUGCCAAAGAGCAAGAUGUCCCAGACAAAGUAUCCUCUUUUAAAGGAUUUAGUACGGCGUCUGGAAGAGAGGUCAAUGUAUCUGACAAGGCCCUUGAAGCAGCAAGGAAGAAGCUAGAGUCAGAGGCCAAAGAGAAAGAUGCCCCAGUCACGGUAUCUUUUGACAAGACUGCCCUUCCUUCUUUUAAUGAAGAGAGCAUUCAGGCUGAUGCGAGGGGCACUGAGGAGGGGGUGCUUCAGCUAGUAAACAGUAGUUUUGAUGUAGAUGAAUUCACGCAGUUACGCGAUGAAGAUAUAAAAAAGCAUGCCUCUUCAUUUAAUGGAUUUAGUAAAGCGUCUGCAAGCAAGGUGAACGUAUCAGGUAAGGCCCUUGAAGCAGCAAAGAAGAAGCCAGAGUCAGAUGCCAAAGAGCAAGAUGUCCCAGACAAAGUAUCUUCUUUCAAAGGAUUUAGUACGGCGUCUGGAAGAAAGGUCAAUGUAUCUAACAAGGCCAUUGAAGCAGCAAGGAAGAAGCUAGAGUCAGAGGCCAAAGAGCAAGAUGUCCCAGACAAAGUAUCUUCUUUUAAAGGAUUUAGUACGGCGUCUGGAAAAAAGGUCAAUGUAUCUGACAAGGCCCUUGAAGCCGCAAGGAAGAAGCUUGAGACAGAGGCCAAAGAGAAAGAUGCCCCAGACAAAGUAUCUUUUGACAAGACUGCUCUUCCUUCUUUCAAUGAAGAAAGCAUUCAGGCUGAUGCGAGGGGCACUGAGGAGGGGGUGCUUCAGCUAGUAAACAGUAGUUUUGAUGUAGAUGAAUUCACGCAGUUACGCGAUGAAGAUAUAAAUAAGCAUGCUUCUUCUUUCAAUGGAUUUAUUACAGCGUCUGCAAGCAAGGUGAACGUAUCAGAUAAUGCCCUUGAAGCAGCAAAGAAGAAGCCAGAGUCAGAUGCCAAAGAGCAAGAUGUCUCAGACAAAGUAUCUUCUUUUAAAGGAUUUAGUACGGCGUCUGGAAGAAAAGUGAAUGUAUCAGAUAAGGCCCUUGAAGCAGCAAGGAAGAAGCUAGAGUCAGAUGCCAAAGAGCAAGAUGUCUCAGACAAAGUAUCUUCUUUUAAAGGAUUUAGUACGGCGUCUGGAAGAAAAGUGAAUGUAUCAGAUAAGGCCCUUGAAGCAGCAAGGAAGAAGCUAGAGUCAGAUGCCAAAGAGCAAGAUGUCCCAGACAAAGUAUCUUCGUUUAAUGGAUUUAGUACGGCGUCUGGAAGAAAGGUGAAUUCAUCAGAUAAGGCUCUUGAAGCAGCAAGGAAGAAGCUAGAGUCAGAUUCUAGAGAGAAAGAAGUCCUAGAAAAAGUUACUUCGUUUGUUGGAUCGGCUUUAGGGAGUAAAGUCAGUGUAUUAGACGUAGCCUUGGAAGCUGCAAAGAAGAAGCAAGGUGCAAAAGACUUUUACUCGACUAACAUCGAUGAGUUCCCUCCUUUUGAUAGAGUUAGAAUAAAGUAUGACACGAAGGCCACUGAAGACGGAAUUUCUCAGCUUGUUAAUAGUAGUUUUGAUAUAGAUGAUUUUACACAGUUACGAGAUGAAUAUCUAAAUAGGGAUGCCUCUUCAUCUAAUGGAUUUAGUUCAUCUUCUGGAAAGAAAGUGAAUGUAUCAGUUAAGGCUCUUGAAGCAGCAAGGAAGAAGCUAGAGUCAGAGGCAAGAGAGCAAGAUGUCCCAGACAAAGUAUCUUCGUUCAAUGGAUUUAGUACGGCGUCUGGAAGAAAAGUGAAUGUAUCAGAUAAGGCUCUUGAAGCAGCAAGGAAGAAGCUAGAGUCAGAUGCCAAAGAGCAAGAUGUCCCAGACAAAGUAUCUUCGUUCAAUGGAUUUAGUACGGCGUCUGGAAGAAAAGUUAAUGUAUCAGAUAAGGCUCUUGAAGCAGCAAGGAAGAAGCUAGAGUCAGAGGCAAAAGAGCAAGAUGUCCCAGACAAGGUAUCUUCGUUCAAUGGAUUUAGUACGGCGUCUGGAAGAAAAGUGAAUGUAUCAGAUAAGGCUCUUGAAGCAGCAAGGAAGAAGCUAGAGUCAGAUGCCAAAGAGCAAGAUGUCCCAGACAAAGUAUCUUCGUUCAAUGGAUUUAGUACGGCGUCUGGAAGAAAAGUGAAUGUAUCAGAUAAGGCUCUUGAAGCAGCAAGGAAGAAGCUAGAGUCAGAGGCCAAAGAGCAAGAUGUCCGAGAUAAAGUAUCUUCUUUUGACGGAUUUAGUACAGCUUCUGGAAGAAAAGUGAAUGUAUCAGAUAAGGCCCUUGAAGCAGCAAGGAAGAAGCUAGAGUCAGAUGCCAAAGAGCAAGAGUCCCAGACAAAUAUCUUCUGUCAAUGGAUUGAGUACGCGUCUGAAGAAAAUGAAUGUAUAGAUAAGCUCUUGAAGCAGCCAAGAAAAGCUAGAGCUCUUGAAGCAGCAAGGAAGAAGCUAGAGUCAGAUGCCGAAGAGCAAGAUGUUCCAGACAAAGUAUCUUCGUUCAAUGGAUUUAGUACGGCGUCUGGAAGAAAAGUGAAUGUAUCAGAUAAGGCUCUUGAAGCAGCAAAGAAGAAGCUAGAGUCAGAUGCCAAAGAGCAAGAUGUCCCAGACAAAGUAUCUUCGUUCAAUGGAUUUAGUACGGCGUCUGGAAGAAAAGUGAAUGUAUCAGAUAAGGCUCUUGAAGCAGCAAGGAAGAAGCUAGAGUCAGAUGCCAAAGAGCAAGAUGUCCCAGACAAAGUAUCUUCGUUCAAUGGAUUUAGUACGGCGUCUGGAAGAAAAGUUAAUGUAUCAGAUAAGGCUCUUGAAGCAGCAAGGAAGAAGCUAGAGUCAGAUGCCGAAGAGCAAGAUGUUCCAGACAAAGUAUCUUCGUUCAAUGGAUUUAGUACGGCGUCUGGAAGAAAAGUGAAUGUAUCAGAUAAGGCUCUUGAAGCAGCAAAGAAGAAGCUAGAGUCAGAUGCCAAAGAGCAAGAUGUCCCAGACAAAGUAUCUUCGUUCAAUGGAUUAAGUACGGCGUCUGGAAGAAAAGUGAAUGUAUCAGAUAAGGCUCUUGAAGCAGCAAGGAAGAAGCUAGAGUCAGAUGCCAAAGAGCAAGAUGUCCCAGACAAAGUAUCUUCGUUCAAUGGAUUUAGUACGGCGUUUGGAAGAAAAGUAAAUGUAUCAGAUAAGGCCCUUGAAGCAGCAAGGAAGAAGCUAGAGUCAGAGGCCAAAGAGCAAGAUGUCCGAGAUAAAGUAUCUUCUUUUGACAGAUUUAGUACAGCUUCUGGAAGAAAAGUGAAUGUAUCAGAUAAGGCCCUUGAAGCAGCAAGGAAGAAGCUAGAGUCAGAUGCCAAAGAGCAAGAUUUUCCAGACAAAGUAUCUUCAUUUAAUGGAUUUAGUACGGCGACUGAAAUGAAGGCGAAUGUAUCAGAUAAGGCUGUCGAUGCAGCACAGAAGAAAUUAGAGUCUAAUUUCAAAGAGGGAAAGUUAUCAGGGAAAGAAUUGGGUUGUGAGGGUUUCAGUAAUGUUCCUCAGAAAAAAGAUGAGGUGUCAGACAAGACCUUUGAAGGUAUUGGAAACCAACGAAAAAAGGGAAUAAUUAAAAUAGACCGUGUUAAAUCAAGGCAUUGUAAGGGAGAAAAUUUAUGUGUCAACGAAGAGAGUACGCCACUGAUCUUAGGCCAGAAUAGAAUGGGCAAUACAAGUAAAGCUGAUGUUACUGGCAUGAAUUCUGAUAGAAAGAGAAGAUCAGGCUCGCCGAGACAGAUAGGGUUGAAUUGUCAACCUCAGAAAGAUUCGAAUGGUCCUGAUGAUUUCACGAUAGAACUGAGUGAAAGGUUUGAUGAAGAUAUUGAGAUGGCAAUGGAAGAGGAUCCACUUCUUUUGGGUAAAGAAACUUCCGAUAUGACCGAUCAUGUGGCUGAGUGUUUCAAACAAAAGAAAUUUCUUAGCAUUUCAGGAGAAAAGGAGAGUGAUUUAAAAGGACAGGAAGUCCCGUGGGUGUCAAAGAGAAGAAGAAGUCUUGGAGUAAACAGGGGGAGCUUUUAUUUCAAAGCGAAAACAAGCAGCCCAUCUGAAUUUCACAGUGAUAGAGAAGCGAAGUUCACAAUUCCACUUCUUCCGAAGACAUCGCGAUGUGAAGAUCUUGUUUCCCCGAUUACCUCAAAGGUUGGCCUUACACGACCUGCUAGUGCCCCAAGACUCAGCUAUGGCUCUCAUUCAAACACCACCCCACUUUCUGCUCUCGACCAAAGGAAAAUGAAAAAUGGAGCUGUUAAGUCGUUCUCGACUCCUUUUAAACUGUCUUUUGGCAAUAAAUCUAACAACAUGGCAACGUCAGGAGUUCUCAAGAAUGAGAGGUUGAAGAGGCCAUUAUUUUCUUGUGUCCCGUUUGGUAAACGACGCAAAAUCGAUGACGAGAUGUUUUCAUCGCCAGGCGUGAAAGAAACAUUAAUUAGACCCCAAGCUGGACGUCUUUACCAAAUGAAAAAGUCAAACAAAACUAAAAGACUUUCUCAGGCAACAAACGGUCAAGCACCGUCGUUUCUAUCAAAAGAACAGCUUCUGAAGUACGGCAUUGAAGACUGCGUCAUACAAGUUAGCAGCGAAAGCUCCUCAGAAUUUGUAUUUCACCAAAGUUUCUUUAGCAGACAGGCCUUGUCUGAUGGUAAAGCAAUUGUUGGGGAUGGGGCAGCUCUUGUAAUAAGCGAAGAGGGUGCAGGUCCAAAGGAAUUUUACAGGGCAUUCUUGUCUCUUCCUGGUGUUGACAGCUCUUUGAUCAAUGAAAGUUGGUUCGUAAACCAGUAUCGAUGGGUAGUGUGGAAGUUGGCCUGUUUGGAGAGAUCUUUUCCAGAACAUUUCGCUUGCAGAUGCCUUACUCCCAAUGAAGUUAUGUAUCAUUUAAAGUAUCGAUAUGACAAAGAAGUCGAUCAUUCAGAAAGGUCGUCAUUGAAGAAAAUCUUUGAAAGAGACGAUGUUGCAAAUAGCAGAUUAGUGUUAUGUGUCAGUAGAAUUUGCAGUUCUCUUUCGCCUGAUCCGAAAGAAGAGGGAGAAAGCAAAGAAGCUGCUACAAGAGACAAAAAUGUGACUGAAAAUGUUAAAAGAAAAGUUGAGUUGACGGAUGGUUGGUAUCCGAUCAAGGCUGUACUUGACAAGCCUCUGUCAUAUCUUGUACAAGCAGGAAAAAUUGAAAUUGGAACAAAACUGUGUAUAUAUGGAGCAAAUCUCGUUGGUGCUGAGCAGGCAGUGCCUCCCCUUGAGGCACCAGAAUCUGCAGCGCUGGAACUCUGUGCCAAUUCUACUCGCCGGGCGCACUGGGAUGCUAAACUUGGUUUUCAAAAGGAUAGAAAAGCCUUCGCAGUGCCCUUGUACUCUUUGUUUCCGGAUGGUGGAUUUGUUGGAUGCAUUGAUGUUGUUUUAACCAGAGUGUAUCCGAUGCAGUGGAUGGAAAAGACAGACAGUGGAUGUGUAUUUAGGAACUCAAUGCAGGAACAAAAGGCAUCAAGAGGUUAUAACAAUGAAAAGCAAAAGAGGAUGGAAAAGAUUUAUCUCAGCAUCCAAAAAGAAUUUGAAAAUUCUGCGCAGCAAAGAGAUAAACGAAUAUCCCGUCGAAAAUCUGUUACCUCAUCCAUAAAAGAAAUUGCAGAUGUUCAGAAUGGCCGAGAGCUUUACGAAAUGCUUGAAUCAGUAUAUGACCCAGCGUCGCUAGAGCUUUGUUUGAGCGAUAGUCAAAGAGAAUCCUUGGCACAAUAUCGGAGACAAAAAGAUGAGAAGGAGAGAGAUUUGAUGCAGAAAAAGUUUGAAGAUGCUUGGAAAGAUGUUCAAGAAAAUUUUCCUGAGAGAGUUGUUAUUGCUAUACAAAAAUUCAAAGUCGUGGACCCCUUCUGUGUCGGAAAAAAGCAAUUGUCAGAAUCAUACCUCACAGUUUGGAAGCCAACCGAUGAUAUCCAAUCUACCUGGAAAGAAGGAAUUCGAUUGAAAAUUUACAACCUUGUGGUCUCUCCUUCAAGGUACAAACAAAGUGCGUCAGCAUUCCAGCUGGCAACUAUGAAUUCAACUCGGUAUGACGUCAUUGCAACGAGUCCCGAAAGCCUGUCAAAGGUUUAUACACCGAGAGUGGUAACUCCGAUCAAAUCUCUGAAAAGCCUGCGUCAAAUGUCUGCAAACGAGAUAGAUGUUGUUGGCUAUGUCGUGCACAUUGAAGAUUUUGGCAAUAAUUGCGAGCUACAAACAGUAUACAUUGAUGAUUUCUCGGACAUCUUCCUCGGCAUUAAAGUGUGGGGAGGCCUCCAGGCCAUUCACCUUGAAGAUGUCGUAACACGGGACAGUGUUGUGUCUUUCAAAAAUCUGGCAUUUAGCUCAGAUUUCUCUUCCAAUCACGCACUAUCGGCCGUAUUCAACGAAAUGUCGGCUGCGUAUUGUAAUCCAAAAGAUAAACACCUCACUGAUGCAAUUUCUGAGAUUCAGAGGAAUUCCAAGGAUUUAAAGAGUUACUUGACUGCUCAACGCGAACGCCUCAAAGAGUGCCUCCGCAGCGGCAGUAGGUCUGUGCGUACGUCGAAGACAACUGUCAGUCAAGUUCAUCACGAUCCCAGGCAUAAUUUUUCUUCACCUAACAAUAAUCACUUGCCCAUUUAUACAGUGAAACCUAGCUGCAGUCAAGUAGCUUCAAAGUCAUUGCCGGUGAAUGAAAAAACUCCGAACACAUCGAUAGAAGAGGCUGAAUGUUUGCCAAACACGCCAGUCUCUACUUGUGACGAUGAAACGUUAGAGAGAAGUGCACAGAAGAAGUUGAAUGACAGAAAGAGUAAAGCACUUGCAAGAUAUGGGGAGCCAAAACCAUUGAGUCCACUGCCCACUGUAAUGACCCCCAGAGCUAGAUUGGAUUUCAAGCCUCCUUCGAGGACCAAGAAGACCUAGAUUAACUCUUGAGAGUAAAGGAUUAACCCCCCUCUGUGUAACAAGCUUUUUUCUUCUGAAGGGAUAACAGGUGAAUAUGGCAGCGAUUCUUGGUUUUUGAAGCUUUUUGUCAUCAUACUCGAUCUCAAUUUUUUAAUCAAGCUCAAAGUUACCUUGAAAGGAGAUUUAUUUUAUGAAUUUGCUAGUACUUUUAUAGCUCGAAGUUUUCAAGCACUAUAAGUUAGCAUGAAUUUGCAUAAAUAAGAAUAAAUAAAGCAUAAAUAAGCAUAAAUAAGCAUAAAUAAGCAUAAAUAAGCAUAAAUAAGCAUAAAUAAGCAUAAAUAAGCAUAAAUAAGCAUAAAUAAGCAUAAAUAUAGUAUUUUAGCGACAGAUAUUUGUUCCAAUGUUUUUUGGCAUUAUUUAUUUAUUUUGGUUCAAAACUUAUGUCAACCAUUUAAUUAAAAGAAUUAGUUAUUAUAGAUAUUGCGAAGAAGCGCUUUUUUCAGUUUAAGUAUCUCGUUUUGUUGAAUGCAUUAAGCUAGUUUGAAUUUCUUAGAUAUUAGUCAAUAUUUCAAUUUAAUGUUGUAUAGAAAAAGACUGAAAUUUCACGAAAAAGAAAAAGAGUUAUUGCGUUUAAAAAAAUUUACCGUUAAUACCAAAUUAUAAAAUUGAUAUGUAGUUAUAUUGUUAUACGUUUAAUGCAUGCAUUAUUAAUUUGUAAUCAAGUAAAGUGGAGUUUUUAACUUCUAUUCCUGUAAAAGUACUGCUGCCCCCACCCAACCCCCCCCAUAAUUUCUGAUUAUAUUGAGCUUCAAAUGGAAAUUUGCCAGCGACCAGUGAAAAUUAAUCUAUGUUAGGCAUUUUCUUUUUCCAACUAGAAUCCCUAUGAAAUGUAUCCAGCUACUCAGGUGGAGUCAGUAUUCCUUUCUAAGAAAUUUGACAUUCCCUUGCAAUGUGAUUCCUGUACAACUCGUUUUCAAAGUUCUUGAAAAAGAAGGCUUGAAAAAAUAGGGCUCGAUGUCGCAAGUAAGAUUUGUGCAUAGAUGUAGUCCACAAAACUAGACAUUUUCUAAAAGGCUAUAAUGUAGGUUAAUACACACUUCUGUUUGUUCAUUAAACUGUCUUAAGACCUGUCAACGUUACUCCCAAGUUCUGUUUCAGAAAGACCCGUUUUGUUUUCUGACAGGUCAAAAUACAAGUACAUCGCGUGAAUUUGUUGGUUUCUUUGUUCUAUGGUAUAGCUGAAUAUUUUAUGAUAAUAAAUUGUUCUGUUUGCAACGUUCUGUUCAUUGAGUUAGGUUAUAGAAUAUUUUUGUAAGUGCAUAGAAUAUUUUUUGUAUCUUUUAAUUCUGUGUCGUUAAAUCAUGAAGUUGAAAC